AUGGAGCAAAACGCUGAAAAACGCUCUAUUGUUGGCGACGACAACUCAACCGUGAAGAGACAAGACACUUCCCCGUCCAAAGGUAUUGCACAUAUCAAACCAGAAUAUAUUGUACCAUUGAAGCAGAAUGAAAACCAGAAGGUCGCCAUCUAUGAUGAAGAGAUGUCUUCCGACAGAAUGACAAACGAGUUUGCAGGUGGGACUAAUAAGAAAAAUAAGAACGGAAGAGGUAAGAAGCGUGGGCAAAACAAGAAUAGAGAUAACAGGCAGGUCAAGGAACAGAAUGUCUUGUGCCCACGCUUGAUCCAUGGCGAUAUAUCUAAAUGCUCCUUUGGUGAUAACUGUAGGUUUGUUCACGAUAUCAAUCUGUACCUUUCAACAAAAAAGCCUGAAGUUGAAAGUAAUAUAUUUCCUUCCUGUCCGGUCUUCAACUCGUUGGGAUUUUGCCCCAUGGGAUUCAAAUGCAGAUUUUUAUCGUCUCAUCUGAAUAAAGAAGAUAAUAUCCUAAUAUCGAAGAAGGAGAUUGAUCCAGAUGCGCAAACAAUAUGGUCCGUUAAAGGUGAGGUAAACCAUAUCUCACCGGAAAGAAAACUCGAUCUUAUAAAAAGAAGAUUUCCUUUCACAAAAAGUAAUGAAAUAUUGGAAAUCAUCGACUCUUUCCAACAAGAAUGUAGAGAUUCCAUGAAGCCAGAAGAAGAAGUUGAGUCAACGCCACAGCUGAAGAAACAAGACCCAGAUGUGGAACAACCAGUUGCCCCCCAAGUCGAACAGAGGAACAAAGAAUUGUCAGAACAUAGAAUGAAACAGCGUGAAGUAUACUUGAAGUACAAGGACACUCGUUAUUUUGCUCAAGAAAAAAAGCCACUGGAUUUGUACCACAAAAAAAUCGUGUCGCCAUUGACAACCGUAGGCAAUUUACCAUACCGUCGUCUAAUGAGAAAGUUAGGUGCAGAUGUGACAUAUUCGGAAAUGGCCUUGGCAGUUCCCUUAAUUCAAGGAACUAAUUCUGAGUGGGCGUUACCUAAAGCUCACACAUCAGAGUUCCCCGGGUUCGGGGUUCAAGUGGCCUGUUCUAAAGCCUGGCAGGCGGCAAAGGCUGCAGAAGCACUCGCAAACUCCGUCAGUGAAAUAAGUGAAAUCAACUUAAACUCUGGCUGCCCCAUCGAUUUGCUAUACAGACAAGGUUCUGGUAGCGCCCUGCUGGAUAACCCUGCAAGAAUGAUUCGUUGUUUAAACGCGAUGAACUACGUAUCGAAAGAUAUUCCUAUCACGGUGAAGAUCAGAACAGGUACAAAGGAAGGUCAUCCUAUCGCGGAAGGGUUAGUCAAAAGACUGGUUAACGAAACUGAUGUGGCUGCGAUUACCUUACACGGUAGGUCUAGGCAACAAAGGUACACUAAGUCUGCGGAUUGGGACUACGUGAGUCAAGUGGCUGACACCUUGAGAUCCGCCGAAGCGGAUUUCAUCGAAACCGAACAAGGCAAAGAAGGCAGGGAUUCCAAGAACAGAAUUCAAUUUGUCGGAAAUGGUGAUGUCAACAAUUUUGAAGACUGGUACCGCUAUUUGAACGGAAAUGAAAAUAUUGAUAGUGUUAUGGUUGCUCGAGGGGCCCUGAUCAAACCAUGGAUUUUUGAAGAGGUUGAGUCGCAGCAGUAUCUAGACAAGACAAGUACGGAAAGAUUAGACAUUUUAAGGGAUUAUGCGCAGUUCUCUAUGGAACACUGGGGCACCGACGAAUACGGCAUUUCUCAAUGUCGUAGAUUCUUCUGCGAGUUCAUGUCCUUUUUUCAUAGGUAUGUCCCCAUGGGUAUUUGUGAAAGAUACCCUGUGAAGUUGAAUGAGAGACCGCCAAACUGGUGUGGAAGAGACGAACUUGAAACUCUAAUGGGUAGUACGGAUGUUAAUGAUUGGAUCAAGCUAAGUGAUCUAUUUUUCGGUAAAACCGACGAGAACUUUGUAUUUGUCCCCAAACAUAAGAGCAGCUCUUAUGCAAACAGAGAUUCCUAA